CGGUGCCCCUAAAGCGAGGACCUGGUGAGAUUGUCACCCUGACUUUCAGGUACCCAGGAGGACCAUGGAGGUGCCUGGGAGUGCUCAGCGCCUGCGGCGUGCCCUCGGAGGCGGCGGUUGGCACGGAGGCCGGGCUACAUGAGAAACACACCUGGGCCUGGGAUCGGGUUCCUCCCUGCAGUGGCCAACACACCAUUCUGUGUCCCGGGAGGGGUGAGUGGUGAGGCGUUCCAUCACUCUGCAUCCGGGGCUGGGCACAGUGCCCGUGACCUGAGUGGCCAAUGUCGAGGCCCCUCUUUGGGGAGUCCCGUUUCCAAGAGCUCACCAGCCGCUGCUGUGGUCUCUGUGGGCCACCUAAGUCAAGUGAGCAGAGCAGCUGAGAUCCCAGUGCACCUUGGGGUUCAGCUCAAAGCAGGCACCAGGCUUACGGACAGGCUGUACAGCUCUGGGGACACUGGGCUUCCACGAGAGUGUCUGUCUAUGGACAGUGGCGAGGCCCCAGUCCCUAGCCAGGAUGCAGCUUGCAAUGAAGGAGCAAGAGGCGCCCAGGCCACAAACUCUCCGGCACCAGCAGAAGCGAGUGGCAGUAGCUGCAGGCUCCAGAGCAGCCCCUUCACACCGCCAGCCUCUUCCGGUCUCCAUGAAGCCUUUGCCUCCAGCUUCAGCUUCAUUCAGCUCUCUCUCAGCUCUGUGGGGGAACGUGGAGAGGCGGAAGGCUGCCCGCCAUCCAGAGAGGAUGAGUCCUCUCAUCGAAGCUGUCCAGACAUGGGAGCUGUGGCUGCCAGCUCAGACAGGCCCCGGGAAGACCCUGGAUGUCUCUCAGGGUCCUUCAGUCGCACAGCUACCCAGGGCUCUGCAGACUUGGCCCAGGAGACAAGGAGCAGCUUCUGGCCAGAGUGGGACCUGCUUUCUUCCCUGGACCUUGACAUUGGCUCUUCCCAGGGGCCCGUGCUGCCUGGCCGUUGUGGUGACAAGGGCCGUGGCUCAGCAUAUGCUCAUGGUUGGGAUGCCCUGCUCAGGAGAUGGGAACCUGUGUUGCAUGACUGUCUGCAGAGCAGCUUGAGGCAGCUAGAGGCAACAUCCUUAAAAUUAAAGCUUCAGAAACUUCAGGAGAAAGCAAUUGAAGAUGAUGAUUAUGAUAAAGCUGAGAUGCUGAGACAGAGAUUGGAAGACCUGGAACAGGAGCAAGGCCACCUGUCUGUGGUGCUCCCAUCCCUGCAGCCGGCCCUCAGCAGCUUCCUGGGCCACCUGAUGUCACAGGCCCAGGCCACCCUGCACCGAGCUACUCAGCCGGCUGGCAGUGACUGUGCCCUAGCCCCACUUGGAAGCGAGUCACAGACCCUGGAACUCACAGCCCAGGACAGCCUGCGUGAGGCCCUUGCAAGGCGAGACUGGCUUCUCCAGGAGAAGCGGCAGCUGCAGGAAGAAGUGGAAGCUCUCCAGAAAAGGAUGUCUGCGCUGGAGGCCAAAGAUCAACAGCUGAGAAGGGAGAUAGAGGAGCAGGAGAGAGAACUCCAGUGGCAGCGCUGUGGCCUGGGGUCACUGGUGGUCCAGCUACCCCUGGACCAGCUGAAGGAAGUCAGUGAGACCCUGAGGGACACGCUGGCCUCUGCCAGCCAGAUUCUCCCCCACAUGGAGCCGCCUGAAGCCGUCAGGAGCCUCCGGGAAAGAAUAAAAGCUCUGAACUUGUCACUUAAAGAAGUCACCACCAAAGUGUGCAUGGGCGAGAGACUCUGCAGCACCCUGAGGAAGAGACUCAGUGACCUUGAGACCCAACUACUGGCAUUGCUUGAAGCCAAAAUGCUUGCCAUAUCAGGAAGCCAUUUCGGCACAGCCAAGGACCUCACAGAAGAGAUUCGCACCUUGACCUCAGAGCGAGAAGGGCUGGAGCCCAUUCUGGAAAGGCUGUGGGCACUCAGGUCUUCGACUGCAGGAGAGCUGGCCAGCAUGGUGGAAGACCACAGCCGGCUGACACAGGAACUGCAGCGCCAGGAGGCUGAGCACAAAGCAAAUGUGAAGGGAAAUACUGUGAAGUACAUGGAAAUGCUUGAGGACAAACUGCUCAGCUGCAAGUGUCCGCUGCUUGGAAGAGUGUGGGAAGCUGACUUGGAGGCCUGUCAGCUACUGAUCCAGAGCCUGACUGUUGAAGAUGAGCAGCCAGUGGAUGACACAGGGGCAGCUGCCUGGAAAGCCACCCUUGCUGGCCCUCCCAGACUCUCCUCUGAAGACGGAAGGAAGAGCCCUCUGCAGGCAUUCCACGGGUGGAGGGCUCCCCUGACCUCCUGUGCACCCUGCACUGGAGGUGAAUGGAAGCAGGAAUCUUACAUCCUUUCUACAGAACUUGGAGAAAAAUGUGAAGGCAUAGACAAGAUGUUAUUGCGUUUAGAAGAUCAGCUUCAUACAGCGAUCCAUAGUCAAGAUGAAGACCUCAUUCAGUCCCUCAAGGGACAGCUCCAGAUGGUGAAGGAGACGCUGCAGGCCAUGUUUCUGCAGCUCCAGCCAGCAAAGGAGGUGGGAGGAGGAGAAGCUGGGGCCUCCAGCGCAGCAGCUGCACCCUGGGAAGUGCAGCCCUGAAGGGGCUAGAGAAGGAGAUGGUCCCUGUGUCAUUGGAUGGACUCCCCUCGCCACGGAUGUGCCUGGCUUA